GUUUGGAGUACGACGAGGACGUGCCUCGGGCGACUGUUGGUGGCGUGUGCUUGAGACCUGACGGUCAGUGCGAGGUUUUUGGCGCUGCGGUCCCCGACCGUGUCUUGGAGAACGGGCAGGGCACAUCACUUCAGCUUGAGUGGAGGGAUUUGCUUUUACUCCUUGAAGACCCGCUGGAAGAUAAUUUCAUGCUGUGGGUUGCACGUGUGCCGUCGUCCUCAAAUGUGGCAGACCACCCCAGCAGGGGGUCGAUCAAAGAGCUCGAGUUCUUGAAGCCUUUCAAAUGCGUCGAGCCUGUUUGUCCUGUGACGAAACUCCUUCUCAAAUCCACAAUUUGCUAA